CGAGGUCCAAGGCAGUCGAGUGUCCUCUCCCUGCUAUGCUUACUCCGGGCCAGCGAUCUCCGCCACCGCCGCGUCACCUCCAUGCAAGCUCGCGCCCCGGCCGCCCCAAAGCCGCACCUCCCCAACGCUCGGUCCUAGCGCCCGCCCAUGCCCCUCUAAUACACAUUCCGAACCUAUUUGCUUUCUCCUUUCUUCCCCUCUACGCCUGCACUCGCCCCGGCUUCCCUCAUUAACGGCAGCUCAGCUCGCCGCGCCCUCGCCUCCCUUAACUGCCCGUUCCUCCUUCCCUGUCGCAUUGUUCUCCCCGCCCCUACCACAACUUCCCUCCACACCGCUCGGCACGCCUCCUCCCCCCACCCCGGCGCGCGCUCGCCAGCUGGUGCGUACUGAGCUCGAACCCGCUCCUCACGACCCCUCCUCUCGCCUUCCCCACCCCCUCCCUCCACCUCGAGCCCCGCGCGCGCGCGCGUCCAGCCCCGGCCACCGCUAACGCUAGAAGCUGCUUACUCCACCCCACCCCACCCUACCCCACCCCCGGCGGCCUCAGGUUUGUGGGGCGUACGUGACUCGGGCGGGGGGUGAAGGUGGCAGGCCCCCACUGUCCCACCCCCUACGGGGUGAGGCUGUCUAAGUUCGGGAAGCUGGGACACAGUUGCCUUCCCUUCCCCGGGGGAAGUUGGUGGAGUUUUCCCGGCAGAGGAGUCGGCGCAGAAACUUCCUCCGUCCCCCUAUUCCCCCCUCCAUGCAGGCGACGCCGAGUGAGGCUGAGGCUGGGGGCGAAUCGCCGAAGAGCUGCGUGUCGGCGGCGCAGUCUGAUUGGACAGCGGGGAAGCCUGUCAGCUUAUUGGCCCCGCUGAUCCCGCCCCGUAGCGCAGGGCAGCCUUUAACCUUUAGCCCCAGUGGGCGCCAGCCACUCAGAUCGCUUCUUGUUGGUAUGUGUAGCGGCAGUGGCCGCCGGCGGAGCAGUCUGAGUCCGACGAUGAGGCCGGGGACAGGAGCCGAGCGUGGAGGCCUCAUGGUGAGUGAAAUGGAGAGCCAUCCUCCCUCGCGGGGACCCGGGGACGGGGAGCGGAGAUUGUCCGGCUCAAGCCUCUGCUCCAGCUCUUGGGUCUCUGCUGACGGCUUCCUGAGGAGACGGCCCUCGAUGGGGCACCCUGGCAUGCAUUAUGCCCCAAUGGGAAUGCAUCCUAUGGGUCAGAGAGCGAAUAUGCCUCCUGUACCUCAUGGAAUGAUGCCUCAAAUGAUGCCCCCAAUGGGAGGACCACCAAUGGGACAAAUGCCUGGAAUGAUGUCUUCAGUAAUGCCUGGAAUGAUGAUGUCUCAUAUGUCUCAGGCUUCCAUGCAGCCUGCCCUACCGCCAGGAGUAAAUAAUAUGGAUGUAGCAGCAGGUACAACAUCCGGUGCAAAAUCAAUGUGGACUGAACAUAAAUCACCUGAUGGAAGGACCUACUACUAUAAUACUGAAACAAAACAGUCUACUUGGGAGAAACCAGAUGAUCUUAAAACUCCUGCUGAGCAACUUUUAUCUAAAUGCCCUUGGAAGGAGUACAAAUCUGACUCUGGAAAGCCUUACUAUUACAAUUCUCAAACGAAAGAAUCCCGCUGGGCGAAACCUAAAGAACUUGAAGAUCUUGAAGGAUACCAGAAUACCAUUGUUGCUGGAAGUCUUAUUACAAAAUCAAACCUGCAUGCAAUGAUCAAAGCUGAAGAAAGCAGUAAACAAGAAGAGUGCACCACAUCAACAGCCCCAGUUCCUACAACAGAAAUUCCAACCACAAUGAGCACCAUGGCUGCUGCAGAAGCAGCAGCUGCUGUUGUUGCAGCAGCAGCUGCAGCAGCUGCAGCUGCUGCUGCAGCCAAUGCAAGUGCUUCCACCUCUGCUUCUAGUACUGUCGGUGGAACUGUUCCAGUUGUUCCUGAGCCUGAGGUUACUUCGAUUGUUGCUACUGUUGUAGAUAAUGAAAAUACAGUAACAAUUUCGACUGAAGAACAAGCACAACUUACUAGUACCCCUGCUGUUCAGGAUCAAAGCGUUGAAGUGUCUAGUAAUACUGGAGAAGAAACAUCUAAGCAGGAAACUGUAGCUGAUUUUACUCCCAAAAAGGAGGAGGAAGAAAGCCAACCAGCAAAAAAAACAUAUACUUGGAAUACAAAGGAGGAAGCAAAGCAAGCAUUUAAAGAAUUGUUGAAGGAAAAGCGGGUACCAUCUAAUGCUUCAUGGGAGCAAGCUAUGAAAAUGAUCAUUAAUGAUCCACGAUACAGUGCUUUAGCAAAGUUGAGUGAAAAAAAGCAGGCCUUUAAUGCUUAUAAAGUCCAGACAGAGAAAGAAGAAAAAGAAGAAGCAAGAUCCAAAUACAAAGAGGCUAAGGAAUCCUUUCAGCGUUUUCUUGAAAAUCAUGAAAAAAUGACUUCCACAACUAGAUACAAAAAAGCAGAGCAAAUGUUUGGAGAGAUGGAAGUCUGGAAUGCAAUAUCAGAACGUGAUCGUCUUGAAAUCUAUGAAGAUGUUUUAUUUUUUCUUUCAAAAAAAGAAAAGGAGCAAGCAAAGCAGUUGCGAAAGAGAAAUUGGGAAGCCUUAAAAAACAUACUUGACAACAUGGCUAACGUGACAUACUCUACUACUUGGUCUGAAGCCCAGCAGUAUCUGAUGGAUAAUCCAACUUUUGCAGAAGAUGAAGAAUUACAGAACAUGGAUAAAGAAGAUGCGUUAAUUUGCUUUGAAGAACACAUUCGGGCUUUAGAAAAAGAAGAAGAAGAAGAAAAACAGAAGAGUUUGCUUCGGGAAAGGAGACGACAGCGUAAAAACAGAGAAUCUUUUCAGAUAUUUUUAGAUGAACUGCAUGAACAUGGACAACUGCAUUCUAUGUCAUCUUGGAUGGAAUUGUAUCCAACAAUUAGUUCCGACAUUAGAUUCACUAAUAUGCUUGGUCAGCCGGUUUUUCCAUUAGGAUCAACUGCACUUGACCUUUUCAAGUUUUAUGUUGAGGAUCUUAAAGCACGUUAUCAUGAUGAGAAGAAGAUAAUAAAAGACAUUCUAAAGGAUAAAGGAUUUGUAGUUGAAGUAAAUACUACUUUUGAAGACUUUGUGGCAAUAAUCAGUUCGACUAAAAGAUCAACCACAUUAGAUGCAGGAAAUAUUAAGUUGGCUUUCAAUAGUUUACUAGAAAAGGCAGAAGCCCGUGAACGCGAAAGAGAAAAAGAGGAGGCUCGGAAGAUGAAACGAAAAGAAUCUGCAUUUAAGAGUAUGUUGAAACAAGCUACUCCUCCAAUAGAAUUGGAUGCUGUCUGGGAAGAUAUCCGGGAGAGAUUUGUAAAAGAGCCAGCAUUUGAGGAUAUAACUCUAGAGUCUGAAAGAAAACGAAUAUUUAAAGAUUUUAUGCAUGUGCUUGAGCAUGAAUGUCAACAUCAUCAUUCAAAGAAUAAGAAACACUCUAAGAAAUCUAAAAAACAUCACAGGAAACGCUCCCGCUCUCGAUCAGGAUCAGAUUCAGAUGAUGAUGACAGCCAUUCAAAGAAAAAAAGACAACGAUCAGAGUCUCGUUCUGCUUCAGAACAUUCUUCUAGUGCUGAAUCUGAGAGAAGUUACAAGAAAUCAAAAAAACAUAAGAAGAAGAGCAAGAAGAGAAGACAUAAAUCUGACUCUCCAGAGUCGGAUGCUGAACGGGAGAAGGAUAAAAAAGAAAAAGACCGGGAAAGCGAAAAAGACAGAACUAGACAAAGAUCAGAGUCAAAACACAAAUCACCUAAGAAAAAGACUGGAAAGGAUUCUGGUAAUUGGGAUACUUCUGGCAGUGAACUGAGUGAAGGGGAAUUGGAAAAGCGUAGAAGGACCCUUUUGGAGCAACUGGAUGAUGAUCAAUAAAUUAUACCAAAUA